AUUUUUUUUUUCCUUCUUUUUUCUCUUUUCUCUCUAUUGUUUAUAGAUAAUUUAUUGUAUUAUUAUUAUUAUUAUUACUUUUUCUUACUAAUGUCAACGAAUGUCAAUGUUUUUCAAUUACCUUCACCCAUGGCUUCACCUCCACGAUCUUGUUCACCAACAAAAGGAUUUGAUACAUAUAAUGCCAUGCUUACACCAAAAGACGAAAAAAAACAAAAGAUUGACAAGAAGAAAAAACAACCAUCACUAUUAUCAAUACUUGAAAAAUAUAUUUCUGAUUUAGAAGGACGUGACAAGUCGAUCAAGAUCAUUCAAUAUACAUUCAAGAUCUUAUUACAUUAUCAACUCGUAGAUAAAAAACGAUGGACAACUAUGGUCAGUCAUUUUUCACAAACUCGUAAAAUUUUACGGGUCGGUCACUGGCUCGGUACAAUUCAAGAAAUGCAUCAACUUUUAUUAUCAUCAUCCAAUCGAUCUUUUUUAUCUCUCUUAGCAAAAUGGUGUACAUUAUGGAUUACGCUUGGAAAUGAAGUGGCUGAUGAUUUAUUUUGUUUUUACAAGAUGGGUGUUUUUGGUCCUUCUCUAGGCAAAAAGGCAGAAAAGAUCUCUAUUUAUUGUUGGUUUAUUGGAAUUUGGAUUGAUUUUAGAUCAAAUAUCAUGACAUUACAGAAAUUGUUACAACAACAAAAAGAAGAGGAUCAACAAAAAAUCUUUUUGACUAAAAUCUCUUGUACAAAAUUAUUAAUGGAUGGUAUCUUUUGUGCUUGUGAUAUAUGGGAACCUUCUUUCUCUCCUGUUGUACAAGCUUGGUCAGGAUUCUUUAGUGGUUCUUUAUCAGGUUAUAAACUUUGGUACAAGAUAAAAUCAACUUAGAUAAUUCCCCUCCAUAUAUUUUUCAUCAUCUCAUUCUUUUAUAUUUUCAUACCCUAACUUUUAUCAAAUAAUAAACUAUUUAUUUAUCUAUUUUUA